AUGGCCAUCUUCAAGAAAAAGAAGGACGAGGGUGAAGAUGCCGCCGCAGCCGAGGCACCCGCCCCAAAAUUGCCACCAGCUCCAUCAACCACCGAGCUCGCACUUAUUGGCGAGCGCGAAAAGUCCGCAUCGGCAUACAAGCGUGCAUCCAAAGCCGAACGAUCCUACCGGGCCAACAAGAACGCCGGCCGUGCCCGCGAGGACUUCAAGUCAUCCAAGGCGCACUUCAAGACAGCCCUUGCGGAGUUCAAAUUGGGUACCAAAGCGCUGUUCGGAGCGAUGAAGACGAGUCCGGCUCUUGUGCAAGAGAAGAGGGCGAAGGCGGACGGGAGUGCGGAAACGAAGAGGGCGAAGAGGGAGGAGGAGAAGAGGAAGGCUCUGGCUGAGAAGUUGAAGAAGGCGGAGGAGAAGGCGGCGGCGGAGAAGGCGGCGGAGACGGCGGCCUAG